CGUUUUCUCUUGGCGAUAAGAGGACGUUAACUUCUUACGCGAAUAAUUUCGAUUUAUUUUUCGCUACAUAAUAAAACCGAGUUCGAUAAGUUUUUUAAAAGAUAAUGAGGAAAAAUGUGUCUAUGUAGUGUAGUUUGACUAAAUAUUAAGACGCUACGUAGAGCUGUGAUAUAGUGAAAAUGAAUGGUAAAAAGCAUAGUGAAACGGGUACUUUCUCGCGAGAUAGCAUGCGAGCCGAAAUAUUAAAUCCAUUUGUCCAUAAAUUGGAAUUAGACAACACAUAUGACAAAAUAAGGACGGCGAUCUUCACCGUGAUCCUGCUUCCGUUUCGCGUGAUCGUUAUUUGUUACCUGAUCGUGACGGCCUGGUUCCUCGCUUGCAUCGGUCUCUAUGGCUUGAGUGAGGAGGACUUGAGGAAAAAACCCAUGACUGGGUGGAGAAGUAAACUUCGCUUCUCCAUUCUAUCACUCAUACGGUUGGUGGUGGUGGCGGCUGGUUUCCACCGGGUGAAGGUGUUGGGUCGAGAGCACCUUCCGAAGAGUCCAAGGGACGCUCCCGUGGUGGUAAUCGCCCCACACUCGUCUUACUUCGACGCCAUAGCCAUAGUCUGCCUCGGAGCUCCAAGCGUCGUCGCCAAAGCUGACACCGCAAGACUGCCAUUUAUAGGACAGCUUAUCAACUACACGCAACCUGUGUACGUGUGGAGAGAUGAUCCAAAUUCAAGACAGAACACCAUCAAGGAAAUCAUUGAGAGAGCAACUUCUAAGGAAGACUGGCCUCAGGUGUUAAUCUUUCCCGAAGGAACGUGCACGAAUCGUUCCUGCCUCAUUACGUUCAAGCCGGGGGGCUUCUACCCCGGAGUACCUGUUCAGCCUGUCACCAUCCGGUAUCCAAAUGCUAAGGAUACAGUUACAUGGACUUGGGAGGGGCCUGGCGCGUUGAAACUUCUAUGGCUAACUCUCACCCAAGUGCACAGUUCCUGCGAGAUCGAAUUCUUACCGGUGUACUAUCCGAGUGAAGAGGAGAAAAAAGAUCCCAAGUUGUACGCCAGGAACGUCAGAGAUGUGAUGGCUAAGGCAUUAGGUGUGCCAGUCUUAGAUUACACGUACGAUGACUGUCGACUAAUCGCUAGAGCCAAGCAGUUGGGUAUUCCGUGUGCCGCCUUCAUUAGAGAAAUCAGUGAAUUGAGAGCGCAACUUGGUUUGGAUCGUUCACACCUCGAAGUGCACUUGGCAGCUGAAGGUCUUCAGAACAAGAAGAGAAUGCUCAAUAAAGAAGAAUUCGCGAAAAGAUUGGGAAUACCGUACGACAUACACUCCCAGAGGCUCUUUGAUAUAUUUGUCAAUCAAUCUUCCGGUUUGGUGAACUUUGCCGACUACCUCCUAUGCGCGAUGUUUCUCUCUCUGCCUCACGAUCCUCUGUCUCAUAUAUUGUCCUGCUCAUUCAGGCUAUACGACGAAACCGGCUCAGGUCGAGUAAGAUGUAACACAUUUGAGAUGAUAGGGACGCGAGUUCUUGGUCUUUGUCAGGAAGACGCGCAGAACACGUUCAGACAAGUCGACCUCGAUGAGAAAGGAUACAUAACUUAUGAUGAAUUCAUAAAUUACGCAAAGGAUAAGAGCGAGUUCGCGUUCAUCUUCGUAAGUGACAGUUCGUUCAAGCCGAAGACAAAGCAGAAGAGCCAGUGAGAACAGGAACACAUACCGACUGUCUGUGUCCAGGUACCAUAGACGACGUUAUUUUAUCGUUUGAUUUAUUUUUAAUCUGUGACUUUAUUUUUUUUUAUUUUUUGACAUUUUUUUGAAUGUUUAACCGAUAUUGUUAAAUAGCGAUAAAGUAUUGUAUAUCGAUACGUCACAUGCAUUUAAAAAUCUAGAAUGUAAAACAAGUAUGUUACAUACAUAUAAAUGUCAAUAUUAUGGAAAAAAAAAUAUUUGAAAUUAGCAUCUGUACUGUAACCGUAGCGUAGCAAUUGGAUUUCCAUUAUACAUAUAUAAUAAUUAUAAUCAAUUUCCAUCAUUAAUAUUUAAAAGGUUUAGUAAACAGUUUACCCAUAGAAAUGCUUUGGUAUGUAGAUAGUAGAAAAAAAAAAGAUAAUAAAAGUUACAGACCAACCAUCAAACAAUGGUAUUGAGAAAAGAGUGUAUAGUGGGACAGAUAAUACAAGAAAUGCUAAAUUAAAAAAAAGUAACUAACUUUUGAAUAUAAAAUAGUCAUUUACUGUUAUAGUUCAACAUUUAUGUGAUGUAGAUCUUUUGUAGUAAAAUUUGUGAUUUUAUUUAUUUAAUUUGCGUUUAGACAAACAGACGGCUGGUGUGUGUUAGAAUUGAAGAUAUUGUGAAUACUGAUGUGUAAUUAGGAAAUAGACAUUUAAAUUAUUGUAAUAAUAUUUAUGUAGAAAAAAUAAUUCUAUCACUUUCAUAAUAAAUAAUAUAUUCCUCCAAAUAGUAGUAAACGCUUUUAUAUGUAAAUAUUUCAUAAUUCAAAAUGCUUACAGUUUGCUAUGACAAUGACAGACACAUUUUGGCGGCAAACGUCGCUACCAAUUAUGUAUAGAAUAAAGUAAUUUAAUAAAAAUAUUUUCAUAAAGAAAUUUAAUAAAACAA